GCAGUGAGCAACAGACUCAGAAUCGUUUUGAGAAAGAGAGGGACCUUCAUUGUAAGCAGCUGGAGCUGGACGAGAGAGAGAAUAACAUUAAUAACAAGGAACAAUCACUUCUGUCCCGUGAGCAACAUUAUUAUAAUUUAAAAGAAGAACUGGAUAGAGAUAGAGAGAGGUUGGAGUCAUGGAGACUCUCUCUGGAGAGUGAAGAUGAGAGAGUACAGCAGAAUAUGAAGAGUGCUUCAAAACUGUUUGAUGAAGCAAAACAAAUGAAAGAAGAUGCUCUAUCAGCAGCUGUUACCUCCACUCCCAUUAAAGACCCAGCCCCCACCAGUUCUUCCAAUCCGUCAGAUAAAGUUACUCCUACUCCUCCUACUGACCCGCCCCCAAAGACUCAACCUCACUUAGUGAAGGCACACACUAUAGGUCAUUCCAGUGGGGGCGGGGCCUCAGGGGGCGGGACUGAGUCUCAUAAAGACGCUAAAGGAAGGAGAGCAACUUAUUCAUUCACUGACCAGGUAGACCAGGUAUCAAUUUAUUAUUAUUAAUAAUUUA